GGAAAUGGAAACAUGGGUCCUAAAGAUUUUGACGUCAUUAAUCACGUAUUCAAAAUCCUUAACUAUACUCCAUUAAUGUCAACUUGUCAACAACGAACCUUUGCUAUAAAUAUAUCUUCUUCUAACAUACCUCUUUCAUUGUGCGUUUCAUACACGAUUAGAAAGCCAAAUUUUAACUUUCAAAGAGAAGAGAGAAAGAAAAGAAGAGCAAGUAGUCAUGGAAGGUUUAAUUCCUUAUCUCAUCCGUGCCAUGAGGAAGCAAAAACCUAGCCACCGUUACAGGUCAAUGUCCAUGGGGUCUAGCCGUAGCUACCAUUUGUUAAUUGGACAGCCACAGCAGGAGUCCGUGGAGGGCUCUUCUCACAGGAGAACAAGGUCAGACUUCCAGCCUCCAACCGUGGAGUUUUUUGAGCAGAGGUCAGGUCUUGAUUUCCUCAGCGCAAAGAGCUACAACAACGGUUCUUCUGUAAACUACCCUUCAAGGGUUGCUGGCUCAAAUGUUGGUUCCUAUGCUCAUCAGCAAACUUCGAAGGCGAAUGCUGUUCAUGUUUCAGAUGUUCGACGACGAUGAUUAUGCGUUUAAAAAGUAAAACAAAAGAAAAAAAAAAAAAGAGUACUGUUUGGUUUUAUUGAUUUGUUUAUAUUAUUUGUUCCGAUCAGCAAGUGCAAAUGUUGUAAAGUAGGGUAAAGUUUUUCGUGGCAAAUGGUGGCUUUGCCUUUAAUUGUACAUUCAAACAGCUUUACAUUAUUGUGAUUACCGAUUAAUGGGUACUUUUGGUGGAGCUGUUACUAUAGAUGAUUAUAAUUUGAAACAUCCGUCGUUUCCUGCUUUCAA